ACUCGGUUCAGCACUGGCUGCUGACAGUGCUCAAAUAGCCAAUUCAAACAACUCAACAUAAUUUACAAACUUCGUUCCACAUCACAGCCUGCCACUGCCACCACUCUUUCAUGCAUUCAUAAUGAACCGAACCGACAGCGGACACAUGGAGUCCUACCAAAAACAAUCCUCAAAUGAAGAACGACCAUCUAUAAACAGGAGCAACACCGCGCCCACUCGUAGUCGCAAAACCAAGAAGACUCCAGCAGACUCCAUCUCAACUUCGCGAACUCAGGCUGCAGACCAGAAACGUCCAGAAUCAGAGAAACGACCAGGACCGUCGCGCCGGACAUCGAAUACUCCAUCAUCCGAAAACUCGCUCUCGAGAUCGAAAGGCCAGGGCCAUGGCUCGAAACCCUCUUCUCGCCGUACUUCGUGUACCAUCGUAGAUCCAUCGAGGCCUGCACGCCAUUACAGGAUCGCGAGCUCGCAAGCAGUAGCUACCGCGACCAGCCAGGACAUCGACGACCCGCUCGCGCUUCACUUCCGCAGCUGUAGCCUGUUUUCCAAUCCGUCGUAUCGCACAUAUUCUGGACUACCAAGCCCAGAGAUCUCUCAAACCGACAACCCUACUUUCCCAUCUGCCGUGCCGCGUUUCAGCUCCGACAGCAUGACCGUGAUCAAGGAGAACAUUGCGCCGAAACAGACCGAAGAAAUCAUUCCAGUCAUCGCAAGCCCAGACACCACAAUGAACUGGUUAUCACCUUGUACAAGACAGCGCGAGUACAAAAGAAUCGACAAGGCAAACACCGGCUUCCGAGGCUUAAUACGAAGAGUGGUCCCGAGAUGCGUUUCCAGUCCACCAGAGAGGUUCUACGAGAAAGAUCAAUCAGACAUCGGAUCCGUUCGACGAUACAGGAUGGACGACCCAGACGACGACGUGAAUGAAAAAGACACCGUCCUACUGGGAUCUGACAAUAUGGAGAGGCCCGCCACAGCACGCAGUUCAGCGAAGAAGUGGACGUGUUUUUGAAAUCUAGCACUUUGGAGACGAAGUUACGGCAGCUUUUGGAUUUUGCAUACUUGCGCGACAUCGCGAAGGCGUUUUACCACUAUACCCAUUAUUUGCGCGUGUUGUUCGGGUUUACACACGCCUUUUAGAACUUGGAGUUGUUUUGCUUUGGUUGUUAGUAUAUGUUUACAGCCUGAUUAAUUAAUCAGAAAGAGAGGACGGCGUAUUUGAGAGCUUGGAAUGCUCGGAGAAGACCAUUUAGGAGUCGCAUCUAAAGUAAUUGAUUAUUAUCGCAUUUUCGUUAUGCGAUUGUUGCAUCCAAGAAUUGUU